UUUAGUACAGCUGUGUGACCUGUUGGGCCCAUUCCUUCCAUCGCAUUGCAUAAUUCCCCACAUAUAUAUCCCAGGUCUUUUGUGUUCAGUUGCAAAGGACGCUCACUGGCCUUCACAGCUUAACACACAACAUGCAGAAAAUGGCACUCUCUGCUAUGAAGCUGACUGUUACUCUGCUCAUCACCGUGGUGCUCUACAGCUCCCUUGGAGCUGGCUCUGCUCAUGAGAUUGUCCCUAGCUUUCUUCAGACGCUUCUUGAAGGCUCUGCUGAACAGCUGUACACUGGACCAAUUUCUCAGUAUAAAGUCGAUGAUUUGACUAGAGCUGCUUUGACCGCAUUAAAGGAAUGUAUUGAGGAGCUUUCUCCUGAGCAUGUAAAGGCCCUCGUCAGCCUGCUGAAACUUGUUCGGACAGAGGCUUAAAUUGGCAAAAUAUUUGACCCAGCUGCUGAUAACACUCCCCGAUGACUUCCAGUUUCUCAUAUCCAAAGCCUCUGGGAAAAGAACAAAUAUAAAAAAUGGAGAAAAACCACAAUGCUGGCAGCUGUUUUUCUAAACUCUGUGUGCUGACUAUUACACCCUGUCACCUUCCAGUCUAUUUUAGAUCUUAUUUCUUUAGAGAUAACAUCUAAGUUCUAAAUAAA